ACAACAUUAUGUAAAUAUAUACCCCAAGAAACUCAGCUUAUUAUGCCUGCAUUAUUUUGCUUCUGGUUUUUCAAUUCUCGUACUUUUAAGAAUUUUCUGCCAUGGGUCAUGUACAUGUUAUCAGAAUUCUCCACACAACCUUCGGAAUUUUUGGAAAUGUUUUUGGCAUAUUACUCUUCUUGGCGCCCAUGAUAACAUUCAAAAGGAUUAUCAUGAAGAGAUCAACAGAGAAAUUUUCAGGGGUGCCAUAUCUAAUGAGUCUGUUCAACUGCUUGUUCUCAGCUUGGUAUGGUCUGCCUUUUGUGUCACCAAACAACAAGUUGUUAACAGUCCUGGCUUCAGUUGGUGGUGCCUUGGAGGCAAUUUAUGUGUUGAUUUUCCUCAUAUUUUCACCCAAGAAGGAGAAAUUUAAGAUUUCUGGAAUUCUCUUUUUGGUCCUUUCCAUCUUCUCAAUCGUGGCUUUAGUGUCCGUGUUAACACUUCAUGGCAAUAAAAGGAAGCUCCUUUGUGGUUUAGCUUUCGCUAUUACUUGUAUUAUGAUGUUUGGUGCUCCUCUUACUGUAAUGAGGCUGGUGAUCAAAUCUAAAAGUGUGGAGUACAUGCCCUUCUUCUUGUCACUAUCCAUUUUCAACUCUAGUACCACAUGGGCAAUCUACGGCUUGCUUGGCAAGGACCCUUUUGUUACUGUACCAAACGCAAUCGGAUCUCUAUUAGCAUGUGUGCAACUGAUUUUGUACGUAAUUUAUCGCGAUAACAAGAAGAAACAAGACCUCGAAAUGGAGGGUUCAAUCGAAACAGGGCUUGGAAUACCCCAAAACGAGUUACAGAAAAAUAUGGAAGCAAGUCAGCUGGAUAACGGACUAUAGUUGUUGGAGGGGCGAAGAAUAUUUGAAAUUUGAUAUGCACUGUUUCAAAAGAAAUGAAGGAAGAAGUCAGACACAUUAUUUUACGAUUUAAUGCUUCCUACUUUUCCAUUAGUAAAAAAUGUGUAUGAAGUUAGAUUCAUUGAUGCAUUUAUUUUGCAAGGUGUUUGUUAUAAUUUCAAUUAAGAGCAUUUUAACUAGUGGCUCGUGUUAGAAUGGAACAUUUGAGCCCUGAAUGAUGUAUAAAUAAUAGGUCAUUCGGUCAAUUUGCAAUCUCAA